UGUCAGCACUACGAUGUCCUUGAAGGGGGUCCACUGAGGGGCCUUCCCAAGCGUGACUAUUGUUUUAGUGUCUGCAAUGGCGGCCAGGUGGAGCGUCUCCUCCAUCAGCGAUCAUCCAAUGAUCAACUCCCAGAAGGUUGAGUGUUCACGACAUAGAAAUACGACUGGUGAUGUUCCAUAUCAGUUCCGUUUCUCUCUCCACUAGCCUGGAUCUCCUGGUAUUUUCAUAUCCCGCCUCAGUCCAAGAGCCCUUGUUCAAAUCCUGUGUUUACAUUCCUGCCGCUUCCUCGAUUUCUGAGUCGCCGCUACUUCUUCCACGGUACUUGGGGGAUCGCACAGGGAAGACCCGAGCUUCCUUGCCAUGAGGAAUGACGACAUGCUCAUGACUUGGCCCAUGAAGUCAGAUCCCGCAUUCCCGCCCUCUGAUUCAGAUGCAUCGUCACUGGAAGCGCUCAGACCGAAAGUCCGAAGCCGCAACGGCUGCAAUACCUGCCGACGGAGGCAAGUGGAGUGCGAUGAGAGUCGUCCCAACUGCACGCGCUGUCAGCGAUCGAAAAACCCCGGUAGCUACGAACUCCAGCUGCAAUGGGAGGACGAGAUGCGCACGGCUGGGAAGUGUCAUGGACGAACGGGCAUUCAGUCGACGAGACAUUCCUUGCAGUGCCCACCGGCGACCAACGGAGAACCCGAACGGUUGACACGGGCCAGACGCAAUGACACGGCCCUCCGGCAACGCGAGGCCGCUUCCGUCACGAUUUGCUCUCCACCCGGUCCCCAUAGUCGACUACCGGCCAGGCCCAGUAGUCGUGUCGCUUAUUGCACUCCCUACGAGGACUGGAAAAACACCACGACUAUUUCGCGCCCAUUACCGGUGUUGCCAUGGAGCAUUGGUAUGCCAGGGGUGGACGAUGUGUGUUUGUCCUUUUACGAUGCUGUGAUGUGCACCGUCGGGGUGACGAUCGAUGAUGAGCGUUUCAACCCUCUCCGCAACACGGUGAUGCGCCUCGUUUUUCGGAGUGAGACAGCUUAUUAUGCCGUUCUUAUGGCCAGUGCACAUUACCUGCGGUCGGUGGACGGUAGGUUUGAACUGGUAGAGAUCCAAAUCCGGUCAAGGGUGCUGAGGGGCUUACGGAGGGCCUUAAUGAAAGACAAUUUGGAUUGGGAGGAUUUGUUGGUGCCGACAAUCUUCCUGUGCUCUUCGGCAGUAUGUUAAAGUCUCCACCUUAUAUCACAACACCCUUAUAUCUAAUAGCUGCGACGGUUCCUGGAUACGGCAUCUCGCCUGUUUCCGGUUGGUC